UUCACGCUCUGGUUGUCCGAAGUCGAAAAGCUGAUGAUUGUUUGUUCGAGUUCUGUUUCUGUUAUGUGAUUGAUCUUCUUUCGUAACAGAAUUUUGUAGUUUCUGAGCCGUGGAUAGCUUAGAAUCAUUAUUAUAGCUAGGUCCAUAAAAUAUUCCUCUUCCGUUCUCAAAUUGUUCUGAUGUCUGAGGAUUACUUCAACAAAGUUGUUCCACUGCGGUUGCAGACAGCAGAGAGAGAUGAGAGACGCUGUCUGGUUCGCGUGAAAGUCAGCCUGGGAGGUUCAUCCAGUACCACUCAUAGAAAGGACCUGACCGUGCUACUUACUGAUGAUGAAGAGCCGUACUUCUUCUAUUAUGUAUCAAUAUCAGAAGAUGACUUUCACGGGCUGAAAACCCAGCAAGGUCUCCGGGUUGACUUCUCCUCGUUUCCGCACAAUGUCGUCAAUCUCCUGGAGAAUUGUCUUCGUGAAAGCUCCAGCGACGAUCCCAAGUUCUUGCUGCACCUUGUCUGUGGCAGUGGCUCAGCAGCACAGCUUGAAAUGAUCGAGACGAAUCCGUUCAAGCACCUGACGCACCUGUCUCUCAAACUCGUUGCCGGAAGCGACGCUGCGCUGAAGAAGCAUCUGGCACAAUGCGUCAAGACGCUCAAGGAAGAGAAGGCGUUGGUGCAGGACAGGUUCACUGCAACUCAGACAGACUUGAGCCGAGCACAGCAGCUUCUCGAUGAGCGCACACGCCAAUUGGCAAGUGUCCGUGCCGAGUCCUCUGCUGAAGUCACUCAGCUCGUGAACGCACAUGGUGCGGAGGUAAACCGUCUGAAAGAGGAAUCCAGAAAGGCGCUAUCUGCUGCGGAGGAGAAGCUUGAACAAGCGCAGAUGUCCUCCCAGGAAACUCACAGUGACACGGUCAGACGGCUGGAAAAGCAAGCUGAGCUACUCUCCGAAUCUUUACAGCGUAUCACCAGCGAGAAGACGGACGCACUGGAUAGACUGCGCCAGGCGAGGCAGGAGUUGGCCGUCAGCCAAGAACAACGGCAGUCCGCCUCUUCUUCGCUCGAUGGCAUCAAGUCAUCGAAGGAACACUUGGAGAGUGACAUACGUGAGAAGUCGGUGAAGAUCGGCACGCUUGAGGAGCGUGUUGCCACACUUGAGCAGCAACUACGAGAGAACGAGACGGUGGUGAGGAAAACAAGCGAGCUGUUGGAAAAGACUGCCGAUCAAAAGGACAGCGCCAUCGGAGCACUGACCGGUCAGCAGGGCCUCUGUGCUCAUCUGGAGGAGAAAGUUGAAUCACUCACUGCUGAAGUGGCCAAGGGCAACGAGAUAAUCAAGCGUAUGCAUCAAGAACUCAGAGAGUGUAAGACCAAGAUCAAGAAUCGCAACUUACUGGCUGUGGAGCAGGAGAAGCUGCUUGCAGGCAAAGAAUCUGACCUGCAGCACCGUCACCGGGAAAGUGAGACGCUAUCUACUGCUUUGCGUGAGACGGAAACAGAGCUGGGCAGUGUACGUGCGGCAAAAGAAUCGCUGGAGGGUGAAGUUGCUUGCAUUCAAGAGGAGCUGAAAAAAAGCCAGAAUGUAAUAAACUACCUCAAUCGGCAAGUAACCGAGCAUCGUCUUGGACAGCAGCCUGCGCUAGCUGCUACCGCUGCGGGACACGGCGGCAGUUUUGAGUGCUCAGCCGUGACUGGUACUGAUGGCUCUGCCUUGUCGGCUAUCAAUCGUCCGUUCACCGCCACUGGAGCCUGGACGGCUGGUUGCGCCUCCGUUUCUGCUGCUGCUCCUGUUAGUGCCAGUGCUCACAGUCCCGAUGCGAUUGCCAGUGCUGCGGCACGCGUUGAGCAGCAGCAGCGUCAGGACAUGCCCAAGCCGCCACCAGCGGGAUACGCGGCUCGGCAACCUUUGAGCGCCAUCCAGGCGAAUGUGCUCGGCAGAGCAAGCAGUGUUGGCGUGCAGCAAAAUCCAGUGCAAGCUAACCAUAAUGCUGCGGUGAAACGCAGCGGCAUUCCUGUGCCUGCCGCCAAGGUUCAGCAUGGACCAGCCAGCAGUGAUCCAACAAAAGUGUCUAGUACUAGUAGAGAUGCCAACACCCGUGCGCCGAGGACUCUGUCCACAGCAAAGCCUGCCGCUGAUGCUACUAUCCCACCCAAAAGCCGGCCACCUCUGCUACCUCCUCAAUCAGCAUCGACGGUUGUGGCUGGUGCACUGCAUGGUGGACUGGACCCCUGCUAUCUGCAAUCAGCGGAGCCUGCACUACCGUCCGCUCCAGCUUAUGGCCAAGAGAGGCCCAUUGCCGCUCGUAAAAGCAGUGCAGCAAAUGUACCAAGCUCUUUCAAUUCAGCAUACUUUCCUCGGUAAUUCGCCCGGACAGGUACGUUCAAUCCCUCACCCCUCACCCUGGACAGGUAUACAUACCCCCCCCCCCCCCCCCCGGACAGGUACGUACAACCCUUUCCUACCUAUUUUCUAUUUAUCCAGCGUUGUCUUGUCUUCUUUUCUCUUCGCUUUUCUCUGUGUUUGAUACUCUGUUCAGUCCUGUAGUACUAGUACAUGUAUCUGUCCCCGCGCUACCUGCAUCCCUGCAUUAAAUGUAUAACUCUGCCCAUCGCGUUUCCCCUUGAAUUUUUAGGUAGAGUCUGUCAGAUUAGGUAGGUACAUGAUAAAAUUAUGUUGUUGUUAAUAGGGCUGUCCCGCCCUCCUUUGCAAGUCUGUUGUUCACCAUUGCUCCUUCAUUCCUGUUUGAGUUGUCCAAAAUGAAUGUGUAAGUGAUCAUGUUCUCUCCAAUGUG